AUGUAUCAAUUUUCUGCUGCACAAUUCAUAUCUCCAUUGGCAUAUAAGUCUUCACUUCCGUGAUUACCGGGAAGGAAUCGCAUAAUAAAGAAGUAAAGUGGCCACCAUAACCAUGAAGGAGAGUGCUAAUUUAGCGCAGAGUGGUUUGAAUAUCCUGGUUGUAAUUGCGAUACUGACAGCUUCUUCACUGCGAGUCUGUGAGGCAAAGUCAACAGGCGCUCCUGUCUCCGAGUCCCCUGGUAUAUGCUCCUCAAUGAUCCCUGUUGGUCAUUAUAUCAGCUCUUCGAGUGAUCCUAUUCCGUAUACUAUAACGACAGAUGUCAACACCUUCUCAGCCAGUCAACAAGUCACAGUUUCCAUUUCCACAGAUGCUAUGUCGGAUCCUUUUAAAGGAAUCUUCUUGCAAAUGAGGAACGUAGAUGACGACGCUAUUGUGGGGACUUGGAACGUGGAGGAUACCACCAACUUCCAGGCUGUGUCAUGCGAUGGGGCAUCAAACAAUGCGCUUACACAUAAAAACUCUAACCCCAAAGGUCUGACCAACACGUUUAAGUGGAAUGCACCUGCAACCAAACUGUCUGAUGUCAAGGUCGUCGCUACACUUGUACAAGAAUACCAACAAUUUUGGGUUAUGGUUCAAGGACCCACGAUUCAACAUGUUCAAAUUUCUAAUGCCUGCAAUCCGAAUCCGUGCUUAGCUGGUGGUACAUGCGAACUAUCAGGUGGGAGCUUCAUGUGUAACUGCAUACCUCCAUACGCUGGACCAACUUGUCAUUACCUUGUGUUUCCUUGUGACUCCAAUCCAUGUCAAAAUGGUGGGACGUGUGAAGAUGUAAAUCAAGAAUCAGAGUUUGUCUGUUCAUGUGCGCCUGGUUACGCCGGUAUUACAUGUGACAAUCAAGUUUCUAAUGCCUGCAAUCCGAAUCCGUGCCUAGCUGGUGGUACAUGCGAACUAUCAGGUGGGAGCUUCAUGUGUAACUGCAUACCUCCAUACGCUGGACCAACUUGUCAUUACCUUGAGUUUCCUUGUGACUCCAAUCCAUGUCAAAAUGGUGGGACGUGUGAAGAUGUGAAUCAAGAAUCAGAAUUUGUCUGUUCCUGUGCGCCUGGCUACGCCGGUACUACAUGUGACAUUCAAGAAAUGACAGAGGCGGAUGUUUGCACCCCCAACCCUUGCUUUAAUGGAGGAACAUGCGGUGCGUUAGACUCGCUUAAUUUCUAUUGUAUCUGUCCUCCUUGGCAAGCUGGGAGGUUUUGUGAACUAAGGGUUUUCCCCUGCGAUUCCUCGCCUUGCUUAAACGGAGGGGUGUGCCAGAAUGUAGAUCAAAACACAGAGUUCUUGUGCGAAUGUAGUGGAACUGGCUACACGGGACGUACAUGUGCAGACGUCGUUGCCUGUAGUUCUAACCCCUGCAUGAACGGAGGAACUUGUAUUGGCAGUAACCAGGAUUCUGAGUAUACAUGUAACUGCCCCGUGGGAUAUGCUGGCACACGAUGUGGAACAGCUGUCAGUCCAUGCGAGGAAAACUCUUGCGAGAACGGGGCAACCUGCAAUGGGAUUACUGGUGGUGAGGCGUACACCUGCACCUGUCUUCCCGAAUACACUGGUACCCUAUGUGAAACAUCACUUGCCACUACACAAGCUUCUACUUCAGCAUCAACGACAGGACAUGGAACCAAGAUUACCUACAACAUCUGCACCUUGGUUGCCACUCUUUCAAUCCCCCUCUAUGUUCUUUGAUUAUGUAAUAAAGCAGAAAAAAUAAUUGAAUCAGGCAGUAUUUCAGGAGCAGUGUGGAAAGAAGAAUUAGACUAGAAACAUUUACUUUUAACUUGCUUUUUAAAUGAGAAUCAUGUUUGGCUGGUGUGUUGAGGAGAACAUCGCAUGAUUUUUAUGCUAUUUGUAUGCUGAUUAUGUUCAUAAUUUCUAAUGACUCUUGACAUGUGUUUAUUUAUUGCUAAAAUGAUUCUAUUCAAUAAAAAUACAUUUAUCUGUAGUAUUAAAAAGGAAACAGGGCAUUCAACUGCAAAUGAACCAAGUCCAGAAUCGCUUUAUUUCUUAGCUGAUAUUUGCAUGUUCUUUAUAGGGCAUUAUUAGAUGUUAUUUACUUCAACCGAACGUGUUAUAAAAAGGAAAAGCGCCAUCUUAAAAGACAUAUAUAUAUUCAAUAAUUGAAUUGUUAAAUUUUCCCGUUCCUGAGAAGGUUAGCUACGUUCAAAGGUCAGCUUUAUCAGGAAUACAUUGUUUAUUGUUGUGAUUUAUAUUCUACAACACAAAGUAGCCCGCUAGCUUUAAUUAAAGGAGAAUGAAACAUUUGAUUCAAGAUAGCUUGUGUGAAAACAGAAAAAUCAAAGAAACAGAUCAACG